CUCUCUCUCUCUCAUUGUUAUAUGUUUUACCAUAAAUAAUUCAUAUGUCGCAUCUCAUGAUUGUAUAAACUUAUUGUUAUCACCCUUUCACUUUUAGUACCUCGGGUAGUUUUUUUAUAAGGAACACAGGUAGUAUAUUAAUAAAAGGAUGGUAAGGUAUCUCAUCCAAAUUACAACCUAGGAAGCCAAUUCAUAAUCGAAUACAUAAAAUAAUAGCUAAGUAGGAAUAAAGAAGUUUAAAGUCCUUGGUAUUGAAAAUUCAAAUAGCCAUCCAUACUUCACUGGAUAGCUCUUUCACCCUCCGUCAGAUCUUGAAAAUUCUAAAAUGUCUCUUUAACCAUAUGUCCCAAAGGAUAGCAAAGAUAGCUAUGUUCUACAAAGUCUUUCUUCUUCUCCUUGAUACUCCCCCUCAUUGUAUGAACCAUGAAUAAAAAUGGCUGCAUCUUUCAGCAAGUUGGGUUAAUGGAAGACAAUUGAGUUCCAUCUCAAUCAGUUGAGUCUAUAGUGUAUGUUAUGUAGCUUUGUUAAGCAUUCAACAAAUGAAAAAAGUACGUUAGUGUUAGGCCUUAGGGUAAUUAAUAAAGAGGGUAAUUAGGUAAUUGUAAUUGGAGUGUUGAGAUUGUAUAAAUAGGAGAGUAAUAGAAGGGUUUGUGGGGUGAAUGAUUUAGUUAAGUGAGCUUAUAGCUCUUGGGAGAGAGCUGGGUCUCUCGAAUACCCAGUAAACUUGUUCUCUUUGUCACUCUAAUAUCAAUAUACUAGCUAUUUCCUAUUGUUGCUACUGUUUUGCUCUAUUUUCUUUUAUUUUGCUUCUGUUUGUACCAAAAUGAUAGGAAAUUCCUAUCAAAUGGUAUCAGAGCAAAUCGAUCUGGCGACCAUGGAAAACUCGAAGCUCAUUUUUUACGGUGAUGAUCCAUACGGGUGGGUCACCGACAUUGAAGAGUAUUUCCGACAUCAUCGAAUUCGUGAGAGCAUGAAGGUCUCUGUUGCCACAACUUGUCUCAGAGGAGUUGCUUGGCGAUGGUUUCAAGCUGUAGAAGAACAAGAUCCAAUCAGAAACUGGUUGGAGUUUCGUAUAGCCAUGUUCAAUUGUUGCAGUCGAAUCAAAGAUGAUCCAUACGAUAAGUUGAUGGCGCUACGGUAUGAUGGUUCUGUGACAGAGUUUCGUGAUCGAUUUGAGACAACAGCAAACCAGCUCCCUGAUAUUCCGGUAACUUUUCUUCGGGAUAUAUUCUUUGGUAAACUGCCUGCUGAGAUUGCAAUAGGGGUGCACGAAUAUAGGCCUAAAACACUGUCGGAGGUCAUUGCUAAAGCGCUCAUGGUGGAAGAACAAAUGAAGAUGGCAAGAAAUUUUAGCAAUGGUGGAGUCAACCCAUUCGGAUUUUCGGCUGAGGUUGUGAAGACAGUAGACGAAUCAACUACGCCCUUCAAGUCAGAAGGAGAUGUCCCUUCGGACGUAACCGACGAUGAAAAGGACAUAAGGUCAGAGAAGAAAACGCAGCGGGGAACGGCACCGAGGAAGGAAGAGAUGGAGACGACACCGGUGCUGGAGAUGAUGCCGGAGUGCUGGAGACGACACUGGUUGUGCUCUUGGGAGAUGAUACCGGUGUUGUACAAGGAGAAGCCGAGCCAGAAUAUUCCUCCAAAAAUUCGUCAAGCUUGGCAAGGGAAGGCGACGCGGCUUGAACGCCAUCUUUUGCCUAUGGCAAUGGAGGCUCACAAGCUCUUUGAUCGUGGAAAAAACGACCAGCUAGUCAUCGACGCUGUUAAAAAUGAAGUGAUGACGGUUUCAAAUCUGAGAAGCGCCUUGCGAAUGCUUCUAGCUAAACACCACGAGAUGGCUCUUCGAGAUACGCCGUCGAAGACGAACCGCAGCUCUUCGGAGCUAAAGGAGAUGAUAGGCGCUCAACUAAAGGAUCCUAACAUCGGUAUCUUCUUUUCCUUACUCGGUUUAUGUUGGUCGGAGAUUCUUAGUUGGAGGGGUGAGACACGUCGCGGCUUAAAGGUGGAGCCGCCAGUGAAGAAGGGCAAUCGGAGAGGCCUAAUCCCAUCAGAUCUGGUUUUCUUGGUGGAGUCGCCUGAGAAGAUGAAGAGCGGGGUAAGUUUCCUUUCACGUGUUAUGGAAAAAGGCUCUUUUGUUAGAAUGUUUACUUUUGACCCAACCCAAAUAAUGGCCCAAUCAAAUACAAACAUGGGCCCACUUAUCAUUGGAGGUCAUGAGCCCAAGUUAUUGGAUCCACAGUUAAGGAUGGGUUUAAUAAUUUUAGUUCAUGGGCUGAUUUCUUGGAAUCUUGAUAGUGAGGCCUACUUUCCUAAAUUUUCUAUCCCAAUAGGGCCUGGACCUUUCACCAAAGGGCAUGUUCAAUUUAAACAAAACCCAUUUUUUCCAAAGCCUACGAGAGUAUCAGAUUAUACAUAUAGGGACACUAUGAAAAUAUUUUUUCCUUAUGUAUACUUUGUCUAUUGGCGGUCAACUUUUCAAUUGCUAAGGCAAAGUGUUGCCAAUUACCAUGCCAUGGACGGUAGGGAAUCACUCUACUUCAUGUUGGAGAGGGUGUUUUCAUUGAUGCUAUUGGAAAAGCUCUCUUCUGUCAUAUUAAAUGAGGGAUGGGAGCGAAAACACCAACUAGAUGAAUUAUCCAUUGAAGUUGCCUUAUGGAAGUACAACUAUCAAUUUUUGGUGUGUAAUGUUUCUCUUUCAUUCUUGGGGCCUCAUUGUUGCUGGGUUUUUGACCGGGGCAAGAAAAUGAAUCCUGAACAUAAUCAGAUUUUGGCAAACUCAGUUUUUGGUCCUUCUCUUCUCGACCGGCUUUCAGGAGCACCCUUUGCAGCCACAACAGCGACUGUCCUACCAUUUUUUCUGCACGCGAAGGGCGACACUAUCAAUUUACUCAGCUGGUUUUUCGAUCGAGGUCGACUCACUAAGGAGAGAUGUCUCUCCCCUAGCUUGAACACCAUACAUUUGCUGGCUUGGUUCUUCGACAGAGGACGAGCCAAAAAUUGUUGUGGAGGCUUGUGUUCUUCACCUUGAGGACAAGGUGAAUUUCGGGCGGCCGGUAUUGUUAGGCCUUAGGGUAAUUAAUAAAGAGGGUAAUUAGGUAAUUGUAAUUGGAGUGUUGAGAUUGUAUAAAUAGGAGAGUAAUAGAAGGGUUUGUGGGGUGAAUGAUUUAGUUAAGUGAGCUUAUAGCUCUUGGGAGAGAGCUGGGUCUCUCGAAUACCCAGUAAACUUGUUCUCUUUGUCACUCUAAUAUCAAUAUACUAGCUAUUUCCUAUUGUUGCUA